CCGCAGCAGCAUCCGCGGACGGUUCCCCUUUUUAUUCCUCGCCCUCUUCCCUUUUUCGGUGUUUUCAUUGUUUCUUUUUCCUUGAAGAGACUAGGAAAUGUCGGCCAGACCGGGAUUUUACCGGCAGGAGCUGAACAAGACAGUGUGGGAGGUUCCGGAGCGGUACCAGAACCUGACGCCGGUGGGCUCCGGAGCCUACGGCUCGGUGUGCUCGGCCUACGAUGUGGUCUUGAGGCAGAAGGUGGCCGUGAAGAAGCUCUCCCGGCCUUUCCAGUCGCUGAUCCACAGUCGCCGUUCCUACCGGGAACUCAGGCUGCUCAAGCACAUGAAACACGAGAACGUAAUAGGGCUGCUGGACGUCUUCACACCCGCGGCCACGUUAGAAGACUUCAACGAACUCUACCUGGUGACUAAUCUGAUGGGCGCAGACCUCAAUAACAUAGUCAAGUUUCAGAGGCUGUCGGACGAACAUGUGCAGUUCUUGAUCUAUCAGCUGCUCCGCGGCCUCAAGUACAUCCAUUCAGCGGGGCUGAUCCACAGAGAUCUCAAACCGAGUAAUGUGGCAGUAAACGAAGACUGUGAACUGAGGAUCCUCGACUUUGGAUUAGCCAGACAAACGGAUGAUGAGAUGACGGGAUAUGUGGCGACUCGCUGGUAUCGAGCGCCGGAGAUCAUGCUGAACUGGAUGCACUACAAUCAGAAUGUUGAUAUUUGGUCAGUGGGCUGCAUUAUGGGAGAGCUGCUGAAGGGAAAAGUCCUUUUCCCCGGCACUGACUAUAUUGACCAGCUGAAGAGAAUCAUGGAGGUGGUGGGGACUCCGACACCAGACCUGUUAAAGAAGAUCUGCUCUGAACAUGCGCAGAAGUACAUCCAGUCUCUUCCCUUCAUGCCCCAACAAGACCUGGAAAAGAUCUUCAGAGGAGCCAAUCCAUUAGCUAUCGAUCUGUUGAAGCGCAUGCUGGUGCUGGACUGCGACGGGAGGAUCUCGGCCAGCGAGGCUCUGUCCCACCCCUACUUUUCACAGUACCACGAUCCAGACGACGAGCCAGAGGCGCUGCCUUACGACCAGACGCUGGAGAGCAAAGACCGGACUCUGGAAGAAUGGAAAGAGUUGGUUUUUGAGGAGGUAAGCAGCUUUAAAGCCCCCGGCAGCAAGACUGAUAGCCUUCAGGUGGAGCAGUAAAAACCCCUCGGCGCUCCGCCUCGUCCUCCACCUGGAGAAGGACCACAUACUCAGUGAAUCCAAGCAGGACUGUGGAAAAGGCAUGAGAGGAGAACGACUCGGGGCUUAACAGUCACGCCUUGACCUGAGCAGCAGGGCGGAACGAUCUCCGCUGGAUCAGAUGCAAAGAUUACAUCAGCAGGGAGCAUUUAUUUCAUUUUUACAAUGAAAUAAAAUGACCUCUGCAUUGCACAAAGUUGCUUCCUGUUACGUUUCCCACCGCUGAGGGGAAAAAGGAGGAACUGCUCAGUGUCGGGACUCGUGGGAGGGAGCAACUUUUAGACAAAAGGGUAUUUUAAAAUAAAAUAAAUAAAAAAUGCACACUAGGAUUUCCAAAGCAACAACAGGGACGCCUUCUCAUCGCUCAUCAAUGCCAUGGAUAGUCAGUGCUUUCAUGUAUGUAAUUCAUAUCUAACGGCUAGAAGCAACGCCAUUUCACAGAAAAGCUUAAAAUCUAGCCUGAUGCAUGAUUUUUCUGCAUUUUAUUGUUACAGCAUAUUAUUGGCAGUGUAUUAUAAUCGCUGAGUCCAUAUUGCGUCAUUGUUAUGAAACAAGAGAGGGGGAUCACCAGGGAAUCUCAACCAACUCAAUGUCUUUACCAUUUUUUUUUUUACCAUUUCUGGACAAAACAAUACACAAACUACCUAAAAUGCUUCUUUUUUUUUUUUCCUCCUGCUUGCAAAAUAGUAAAAACCAGUCGUGCUAUUUAAGUAGCAAGGUAAUGAAUAUAGGCCAAAGCUGGACGAGACCGGCCGCUCUGCAGGUCUGUGUUUACGGCGUGAGCUCGCUCCUCUUAUACAGUUUCUGCUGAUGGCAGAUUGUUGAUCCUCUGUUGGGUUUUUUUUGCAGCGCUGCAUCAGGUUUCCGUUGUGGGUUACACAUACCCACUAAUGGUGUUUACGCCGAGAAAGAUUAGACAUUUUUUUUGUGAACUGUUGAAAGCAGUUGGGGGGAGGUAUAAAAGCAGUAGCGGAUAAGGAUCUAUUCUACCACUUCUGGCUCCAUUAAAGCGGAAAAUGGUCAAAUGCUACAGGCGGAGAGCUCAUAAAUCAGGCUUUGUGUUACCCAGGCUCGUUCCUAGUUCCCAUAAUACCAGACCGCAUGCAUUCAUAAAGGACAGCAGGACCAGUGCAGUUCCCAUGUUUAUUUUUUUUACUGGGUCUCUGUAUUGUAGAAAUGCUGUAGAUCAGAUCUGAGGUCAACAUCUCCUCAUUACCAUUUAACGCAGCAACGGAAAAGGUCACAUUUGAGCCAGAAGCAUGAGCUCAGUGCAGAUCGUCAUGAUAAAUAGCUGACCUUGUUGCAGGCGCGAGGGAAGUUUGGCGAUAUAAAACUGUGUCAAAAGUAAUCUGGCAGUGUUUAAUUAAAGUGUUCAGAACCAUUACACCAAGGAAAAAGAGAUCCAGAGAUAAACAAAAGACCAGACCGGAAAUGAUUGUUACACCUUCUUGUGCUUUUAAAGGGGAAAUAUUAAAAAAAAAAUCAAAGUAGGGUGUUUUUGAAGACUUGAUGGGCUUGGGUGUUUGAAGUUACACUCACAAACCUUUGCAUUUCUUUAAGCCCUUAGGAAUUUUGACAAUGAUUAAAAAAAAAGAACAUAAUAUUUCUCCUUUAAAGGAGCUUGAGGCAAGAAUAAGAAAUGAGACUCAUUAGCGCCACGACGGCCGUUGGGGGUACUGCAGCCAACAGUGAAGCCGGCACGGGAGAACGGGGAGAACGCGCAUGCAGCGUCAUGUGACGUCACAUCCACAGGACAGCGCGGGAAAUUCGGCCCCACAAUUGCAGCACAUUUUGCAGCACACAGCCUGUUCAAGGCAACGGAGAGAUACACUAGAGCAGGGGUCGGCAACCCGCGGCUCUAGAGCCGCAUGCGGCUCUUUAGCGCCGCCCUAGUGGCUCCUGGAGCUUUUU